CGUGCAGAACACCAAUUCAAUGUCAAUGUUCUAAUUUAUAAAAGAUCUGAGACUUAAUACAUAUAAAUGGAAAACAGGCGGCUUUAUUUAGAAAGGCAAGUUUGCUUACACUCAUGUUCAACUGUUAUACAUUACUGAGGUAAGGAAGUAAGGCAGAGAGAUGGUGGAAAUAGAGGAAAAAAUAGACCAUCCUUGUGAUGAAGACAUACCACUGCAAAGUAAGGAAUCCCGUGGCGAAUGUUCCACCAAUGGAGGGAAAGGUUCUGAAGAUGAAAGGCCGGGCGAAGAGGUGGAGGUGACCAAUAUAUUGAUAGAUUUGAGCGAAGAUAAAGUACCAGAUGGAGGAUGGGGAUGGAUGAUUGUCUUCGGAGCUUUUCUGGUUCAUGCACUCAUGGGAGGGUUUGAGAGGUCCAAUGGCGUGUUUUACCUGCAGUUUAAGGAGAAGUUCAACCGCUCGGCCACCGAGACUGCCUGGCUUCUAUCCAUAUUCUCAACACUUAGGCUUGCAAUGGGUCCUGUAGCCAGUGCCCUAUGUAACAAGUUUUCCUGCCGGUUUGUGGUGAUCCUGGGCUCGGCGAUCUGCACCCUGGGUGUGCUGAUCUCAGCCUUCAUGCCCGACUUGCCCUAUUUAUACCUGACAUACGGGGUACUAGGGGGAGUGGGGAGGUCCUUCACAUAUACACCCAGUCUCAUCAUUGUGGGCUACUACUUUAAUAAAAAAAGAGGUUUGGCGGUUGGUUUGGCCACUUCCGGAGUUGGCAUCGGAUGUUUCGUGUUCCCUCCUGUGGUAGAGAUCAUGUUCAACCACUAUGGGUUUGAAGGAACGUUCCUCAUCUUAACCGGAGUGAUCAGCAACUUCUUUAUUUGUGGCGUCUUGUUUAGGUCACUUGAGCUGCACAAGAAAAUUAUGAAACAAGACAGAAUUAAAAAGAUGCGGAAAGAAUGUUCUACAAAAGGCGAACCAGUUGAAAAUUUGUUACCAGUUUCCAUGGUAACCAGACAACAGAACCUCCUCUCAUCGCAGUCAGCCGCCAAAAUGUCAUCCUCAAUCGAAAUAACUGCAAACUACAAAAUUGAAGCAUCCAAGACUUCUAUAUUUAGGAGAAAAUUAUCACAUGUGAAAACAGCUAUAAAAGGGAAGGAUAAACCAAAAACAGAAAAAGAAAAGAAACCUCUCUUGGAACUCUCACUUUUCAAAAAUUUUGGUUUUACCGCUUUGUGUUUACAGUUAUUUUUGUACACUUUAGCUUUCAAUUUGACGUUUGUUUUCUUACCAGCGUUAGCCAAAGAAAAGGGCAUAUCUCAACUAGAUGGUGCGUGGUUAUUGUCAGUCUUGGGCAUUUUUGACGGCAUUGCUAGAGUAGCAAUGUCAACAGUGCUUGAUCUAAAGAGAGUUAAACCUUACCGGCUUAUUAUCUACAAUGGGGUCAUGUUUGGAAAUGCCAUAGUCUCCAUAAUGCUGCCAUCAAUGACCAAAUUCUGGCACUUUGCCGUUAUGAGUGGAUUGUUUGGCCUUCUGUCAGGGACAUACAUUUCACAGAAAUCGGUUGUGGUGGUGGACGUCCUGGGGGUUGAGUCUCUUUCAAGCUCCUUCGGACUACUGCUCCUCUUUCAGGGACUCAGUGCUCUUAUUGGGCCAACUGUCGGAGGUUUAUUUAAAGACAUGCUAGGAAGCUAUGACAUGGCGUUUUAUUUUGGCUCAAUUGGAAUCAUUCUUGGAGGCCUAGUGAUGGGGGUGGGAAAUGUAUGGAUAUAUCGCCAGAAACGCAGGCAACGAGAAGCCGAUACACAGACAACAGACAGAUGAAAGACAUGACAACUAGAACCCAUGAUAGAUAUAGUGAUUAUACAUAUGAUACAUGACAGUUAACUUAGUGAAAAUAUAUUUAAAGUAAAUUAUGUGGGCAUACAUGUACAAAUGAGCAUGGAAUUGAUAAAAGAAUGGUCUAGUGGUAAUGUUGUUCAACUCGCCCUAGAGGUUGGUCUUCGAGGCCCCCCUCCCCCCCAGUGAAAAGUUCUGUUUUCUUCUCAGAAAGGACACAUGUACUGGUUUAAAUUUACCCUGGAAACAGACUUGAGAGAAAUUCAUAUCAGCUGACAGCUGUUUUCACAAUGGAGCUAAGGGCGAUUCCAGUAAAACAUAUAACGCCAGGGGGGGUGGCAAUUAUUUAAAUAGUAUAUGGUUGGGUCUUUUUUCGCCCUAUUUGGACCCCGAAAGGGUUAAUUUGCUUCUGUAGGGGGGUGGGAUAUUUUAAAAGUGCCUUCCCCCGGGGUUAUAUGUUUAAAUGGAAUAGCCCUAAAUAAAUUAGAAAAAAAAAACUUUUUAAUUAAUGUGCAUGGAUUUGAAUACUUUUGUUAAAUAAACUUGUUUUAUUACCUACGGUUAAUUAGACAAAUAUUCUGUAGAAAGAUUAAGCAUAAGGUCCAUCAGACAGUAAAUAAUUUGUUGUUUACUUGGGAGAAGAUGUGCAGAGGUGAGAGAGAGAUUUGGAAAAAACCUAGAGAAAAGAAACUGUGAUGUUGGGAUUAAUGUGAUACUUUUAAUGUAUAUUAUGAACGGACUGUGUGCAAAAUGUUUCUUUGGAACCUACUUUAAUAGUCAAGAUCUUUAGUCCAUGACUGUUGACUUGUAACACCUUAUAUCUCUUUAUUGUGUUACCGCUUUGCACUAAGCCAGCAAAAUGUGUUGUACUGGUGUUGUAAAAGUGUUGUAUAGGUGUUGUACUGGUGUUGCACUGGUGUUGCACAGUUGUUGAACUGGUGUUGCACAGGUGUUGCACUGGUGUUUUACAGGUGUUUUACAGGUGUUGUAUUGUGUUCAGUCUUGUCUACAAACAUCAUUAUUAACUGAUCAAUUUAUAAUAUUUUACAUUCUUGAUCAAAGAAGCUGAUUAUCUCCUUUUCAAUAUUUUUUUGUUAGAUCUACUGACCUUCCUUUAUAGUUGUAAUGGUUUUUGUUUGGUAUACGGAAAAAAAACAUUAAAUGCUUGAUUGAGAAAUGUAUUUUAAACAUGUUACAUUGUACAUGUUUAACCCAUUUCAUUCUGAGACCCAGUUAGAUAUGAUACCUUGAAUAUCUGGGCAUUUUCCAAUAACUGAUAAGCCAUCUGCCUUUUUAUGACCAUUGUGUUGUAUAAACACUAAUAACUUCUUUAUUAUUGGUACAAGACCCAAUAAAGAUUACAUAUUUGGAAAGGAAAUAAAAAUAUGCACAUGUUUAUGUAAGUUUUAUUAGCAAAUGAUUUUAAAUAAAUUAUUUUUUGCAAGUUAACCAGGUGAUGAUGAAAAAAAAACACCAAAAAAUAAAUAUGCAUAAAUUGAAAGCAAAAAAAGCACACAUAAUUUUUUUCAAAUGUCACAUAAUCCAAUGUAUGAAAGUUUCUAAAUUAAUCUGUCUUUAAAAUGCAGAAAGAAUUAUGCAUAUAUUUCAAAUCUAUAAAAAGUUAUGACAGUUUAUAUCAUCCCAUGUCCACUUCGGAGCAAAUCGGGCGGGUGGAUGUUCAUCGCGAUGUUGGUUGGAAUAGCAGUUUGAAUCCUCGACCAGUAAGGUCCAGAAGUCUUGCCCCCAUAACAGUUUUAUUGAAACAAAGUGAUGUAAAUUACCUGGAUUUAGGGUAUGGUUUGAUAAUUCAUGAUCAAAAAUUGUAAAUUACCAUGCAUUAACAUACUGCAAAUUAGUAUUUAGUAUCAUCCACCUGAAUUUAUUUACUGACUGUCUCAAUUUUUCAUGACUCUCUUUUUGUAUGUAUUUAUAUCAUACAAGACUAUUCUUUUGAUAUAUUGAAUUUGUCCUUAAAGGAUAUUAGGCCAUUUGUGUAUUGAAAGUUUUACAAAACCAGUGUUAGUUUAAACAUUAUAUAUUUUACAACAAUUGUGAAGAAAGUUAUGAUAACUUAUACUAAGUUUAUCUCGUUGGCACGAUGUUGUGCAGGGUGUAAUCUUGUGUUGAACUUAAAUCAUGCAGAAGAGCAAGAACUUAUAAUGGUAACCGGGUAUUGAAUAUAUAGUGGGUUUAUGCUGUUGAGUGUCUGCCUGCAGAGCGAGGGGUCAUUGGUUUAAUCCCCACCAGAUGUACAAAGCAAAUUUGCAUAUAUUAUCACAUUUGGCGCCCUAUAAUAUAUUCAAUACCCGUUUACAUAUGUUAAAUGUACCGUAUAACAAUUAUCCAAUUAUCGCACAUUCCAUUUUCACCUCAUUACGUAUUUUUUUAAUUGCAAAAGAUAAUGUAAAAAGAUUACUUAUUAGUUCUGUGAAACAGUUAUGAUAUUAUAUUUUUUAAUGAUAUAAAACAUCACUGUUUUAUGUUGAUACCCUUUGGUAGCCAUUUUUUCAAUAUUCUGUAUAAAUUGAUGCUGGUUUUAGAAAUGUUUCAAAUUGAUAUACAUGUGUUUUACAUAUCAACUUAGAAGCUAUCUUAUUAUCAUGUAUUUAACAUUAUACAUGUCCUAAAAUCAAGAAUUUCUUGAGCAUCGGUGGUGCUGCAGAUGUGUCUAGCAGGCGUGUUGCCCGAGUCCCACCACAAACAUCUGUCUCUUAUAAAGUCGAACAUUGUAUUUGAAGAACAUUGUCAUUGACAUUAAGUUCAAUGUUAUUAUGGUGUUUGUUAAUCAUUAUUAAAUUAUUUUAUAUAUAUAUUUCAAUAAACAGAUUGAUAAUAUUCACUGCAUUUUUUUAAAAAAAAUUUGUAUAAGUUAAUUUUGUAUUAAAGAUUAUUAUGUCAAAAUGUAUGGAAAGGAAAAU